CCUUGAUUGGACCGUUUUGAUCAGCGGUCUCGGCCGGCGAGUCCAGCCUGCUGUCAAACAAAUGUCUCACUGCCAGAAAACGAAGCUGAAUUAAAUCUAAAAACACCCAGGUGGGACAGACAACGUUUUCGACAUGGGAGGGAAUGGCAGUGCGGCGAGGAAAGUGUCAUUCGGACUGGACGAAGAGGAGAAGGUCACGGUUAUUGAAGGAGUGAAGCUUUCAGAGGAUGUUCUCAGGCGAAUGAGGGACGCCCAGGGGUCCGGCAGCUCCAAGAAACCGCUGUCUCAGCAAGACAGCCACAAAACAUCAAGUUUAAAAUCACCCAGAGCCUCUACCACAGAAGUACAAGAGGAAAUCCGUAGAAAUUUUGAGAACCAGCAGGCCUUGGUGGAGGAGCAAUUGGCCAGACUUGCUCAGAGAGAGAGAGAGACUGCAGCCACCGUGGGGUUGGAUGACCUGAGCCCCUCGCUCAUCAUUGAGAAAGGGAAGGCUUGGGAAGAGCACGAAAAGGCUAAGAUGCUGCCUGCCGAUUUAGAUGCCUGGGCCAGACAAUUGGAGAGGAAAGAACAAGAAUUGGCCAGCAUUUCCAGCUUCUACAAAGAUCAACUUGAGAUACUGGAAAAGAAGAACCUUGACACUUACCAACAGACAGCUGACCAGUACAACCAGGCAGCCACCAAAGCUGAGGCUAAAGUCAGGCCCCGGCAUACUGCGUCAGUGUGCACUGAGCUGGAGGCCAAGGUGCUCCAGUGUUACAGAGAAAAUCCUCAGCAGACUCUGCAUUGCUCCAGCUUGGCCAAACAGUACAUGACUUGCGUUCAGCAAGCCAAGAAGAACGUGAGUGGAACAGUAAAGCUAAAUCCCCUUGUCACAUUUGCCGCUCAUCUCCAAUUCAGCGGCACAGGCUGUGAUGCCCUCGGAUGCACUUGGCAAGUAAGCAGCUAACCUGCCCGCCAGCAUAUCUGCUUGCCAGCAGAGCAUCGAGACGGUGCCUCGUCGUACCCUGCAGGGACCGGCUCAGCUCUCAUUACCUCGGAAAGUCUAAAAUUCUACACUAACUAGCGCAAACAGUUCUUAAUGGUUAUUGCUCACGGUGGCACAUCUGAGGUCGGUUUCUGGACACUGGUUGACCACCAACUUGAUGGGUUGGAGUUUCAAACAAUGUGCAAUUUUACCAGCCUCAAUAUUAUUGGGAUGGGACACUGGCUUGUAAUAAGGACAGCCGUAUUUAUCACAGCAUAUAGCAACCAUUCUUAUUUGUCUCCUUAAUAUCUGUGGACCAACCUCGACACCUCUCGUGUUAGCACUUACUUUGCUUUUCCAGUUCGCUAACAUGAUGAGACAAUGUUUAUUUCAAGGAAUCAUGUUGGAUUCCUUAGCUUCUGAUCAUGUCCUUGGAGGUUAACAAAUGCACAUUUACUGUUGUCGACUCGUAUUUACAACAGUUUACUGAAAGUAAAUUAUAAUUCACAAGAGUAAGGAACAAAAACAGAAUGCCACUUCAGUUGAUUCUAAAUUGUAAUAUGCAUAAAACAAAGAUAAGGAGUGCAUCUUACAAAAUAACGUUUUAACACUCACUCUCUUUCACCCUACUUAGUCUGCAUUAUUUACCUUUGUCUGGUGCUGUCACAUCACUUUGCUGCCAACGACAGAUAACAAGUAAAGACAGUUAGAAGCCCUUGGGUUUUGUGGUCCAUUUAGCAAACAGACUUAAAUCAAAUCCUUAAGAACUAUUUGCCAUCUACAGUCAUUCACGUUUUACAUAGAAGUGUGCUGCUGUAGCAAUUCUGUUCAGUUCUCCAGACUUCCUUUACAGAACCGCAUCGAGUUCUUGAUUUGAUGAUUUCUUACACUGUCGUGAUGUAAAGUUUUGAACUGAGCGUCUCUUCUCG